UGGGCAGUUUACAACGUAACAAAUACUUAUUUGUUUUACCAUUGAUACCAAGUCCUGCAUUGUAUAUGAAAAACGGAACGAAAUGGAUGAAAGCAUUUUCUCGCUCCGUCUUUUCCUCCAAAAGGGUCUUCGCCCCUCAGAAAAUCGCCUGCGACCUUCAGGAACGCCAGGACCGCCCUCGCCGGAUGUAACAACCGUCACGAAGCGUCAGCGCCUUCUGAGUCGGACGGCAGGGCCACGCCCUCUCUCCUCCUCCGUGAACUCCCCCCCCACCGCCAAAGACUGACAGGAGGCCGCUACGUCAUCGCGGGCGACGGGAAAUGGCCUGGUGGGAGAGCCGCUCGCCAUUCAGGCAAGGGCGCCGGGCGGAAGUGUGGUGAUGGCGGAGCUCUAUGUCAAGCCCGGGAACCGGCAGCGCGGCUGGAAUGACCCCCCGGAAUUCUCCUACGGGCUGCAGCAGCGUCCGGCUCGUUCCAGCGGCUUGACCCAGCGGGGUCCCUUCCGGAGAAGAGUGGCGGCGGCAAGUGAAGGAAAGGAGCCCGAAACGGUGCCGCGCCCCUCCCUUGCCUCUAGCCCAGUUGGAUUGCUUGUCCCACAGUCUGUGAACCUGCCUCCUCCUGGACCGCCAACCUCUUUUCAGAGAGCUGAUGCCACAACACCAUCUGUUGUAGAAACUGACAAGGAAUAUGAGAUAGAGGAUGUGCUUUCUUCCUUGCACGAGGCUCUGAACAACUGUAGGAACUUUGUGCAGAAACAGGUUUGUGAUGAUAUCCAUAAACGCUUGGUAAUUCUGCAGGAAAUGUGGACACAAGGCAAAUUAUCUUCCCCUGUAAGAAAAAGGAUGGGAAUUCUAACAGAAGAGCUCAAGAGUCAGCAUUGGGAUGAAGCUGAUGAGAUUCAUCGCUCCCUAAUGGUGGACCAUGUUGCUGAAGUAAGCCAGUGGAUGGUUGGAGUCAAAAGGCUUAUUGCUGAAACAAAGAACUUGCCUGGAGGAGAUGCACUGCAGUAGAGCAUGAGCAAGGAGUCAACCUGUUUGGACCUGAAUGCUUAUAAGAUUUACCUGAGCCCAGGAACUUGCCAAUAUGAAAAUGGACCAUGUCUGAAAGGCAACCUAGUCCAGGGAGAUUUGACUUCUUAACCAUUAGAGGAAUAACUUUAUUUUCUUAACAUCUGUCUAAUCAAAAGUUGCAUUUUCCAACUUGAUCACAUCAUAAUCAAUGAACAUUUUUUGAUUGAAUUUAAAAAAAACACUUGUUUAAGAAGUGUACCUUUUUGAAGAAGAUGACAGAUUAAAAACAACAAUUUUGCAAAUACUGCUUUUAAAUUGUAUAAUGAAUCCUAAAUGCCAUACUGGUGUUAACUCUAAACAGUUUCUUCAGAUAGCUACUGUAAAGUCUUCCUGUUUAUUUUUCUUUUCUCAAUAAGUAUGUUGUUCCAUGUUUGUCUGCAGAAUUCACUUCACCUUCUGUUCUCUAAAGUGUGCCUGUUGAAAAGAAAAGACAAAGGAAAAAAAAAACUGUUUUCUGUUUUUGAGCAGGGCUCAGCACUAAAGAGGAACAGAUGUUUACUAAAAUCAGGAACAGAUGUUAAAAAUAAAUUUUAGAAAAUCCUUUUA